UUAUCGCUCUGCAAAGAGAGAGGGAGAUGGAGGGAAUAGAGCACAGGACAGUUGAAGUAAAUGGCAUAAAAAUGCACAUUGCAGAGAAAGGAGAAGGCCCUGUGGUGUUGUUUCUCCACGGCUUCCCCGAACUCUGGCACUGUUGGCACAACCAGAUUGUGGCUCUUGGUUCCCUCGGAUACCAUGCGGUGGCACCAGAUCUCCGAGGCUACGGUGACACCGAUGCACCACCUUCAAUAGACAGCUACACAUGCUUUCAUAUAGUGGCUGAUCUCGUUGCGCUUAUUGAUUCUCUUGGUGCAGAGCAAGUGUUCCUUGUGGCUCAUGACUGGGGAGCCAUCAUAGGUUGGUACCUCUGCAUGUUUCGCCCUGACAAAGUGAAGGCCUAUGUCUGCCUCAGUGUUCCUUUCAUCCGCAGAAACCCCAACGUCAGAACCGUCGAUGGCAUGCGCGCUAUGUAUGGAGAAGACUACUAUAUCUGCAGAUUUCAGAAACCAGGGGAAAUGGAGGCUCAGAUGGCUCAAGUUGGCACAGAGUAUGUUCUCAAAAACAUCCUUACAAUUCGCAAACCUGGACCUCCAAUCUUUCCCAAAGGAGAGUUUGGAACAGGAUUAAAUCCGAAUAUGUCUGAUGAUACCUUACCCUCUUGGCUCACAGACGAUGAUCUUGCCUAUUAUGUUUCCAAAUAUGAGAAAUCGGGCUUCACUGGACCCUUGAACUAUUACCGAAAUAUGAACUUAAAUUGGGAGCUGACGGCACCAUGGACUGGAGUGCAAAUCCAAGUGGCGGUAAAAUACAUAACAGGUGAGUUGGACAUGGUAUACACCUCGCUAGGCAUGAAGGAGUAUGUCCACAGUGGAGGUUUCAAACAAGAUGUGCCCAAUUUACAAGUGGUUGUGCAGAAAGGAGUAGCUCACUUCAAUAAUCUAGAAGCUGCCGAGGAAAUCAACAAUCACAUAUACGAUUUCAUCAACAAGUUUUGAUGAUCUGAGAUUCAGGAACACGGUCACAGGGGUCGUGUAAAUUAGUUGAAGUUGCGCUUUAAGGUAUCAAGAUAUCUAUUUUGAUUUUUGAUGAGUCCAUUAUCUGCAGACAACCUCAUCCAUCCAACCUUGAUGCUUCUGUGUAAUAAUACAUUCGUACCUACCCGUUAAAACUUCAGAAAAUAAAAUUUCGAUCUUGCCAUGCAAUCAUUAAUUAGUUAUA